CCCAGACCGUCAGCGAGAGGAAGAGGCCAGAACGGGCAGGGUGAGGCGCUGAGACGGUUUAGCGGCGAGUCGGGCUCGGGUGCUGCUCAGAAUCCCGAACGUGGGUGUCGUCGGAGCCGAGCGAUCGUUGGAGCUCCGGAGCAGCCGUUGCUGUCGCCGCGGACGCCGCCGUUGCCGACCCGGAGGACGCGGCCCCGGAGAGGCCUUUGCAGGCCUAGCGCGGCCCGCGGAGCCCGAGUGUGCCGUGAGUAAACCCUGCGCCCUCUGCACAGUCGCUUACCAAUUAAGAUGGAGGAGAUUUCCUUGGCCAACCUGGACACUAACAAGCUGGAGGCCAUCGCCCAGGAGAUCUAUGUAGACCUGAUAGAGGAUUCCUGCCUGGGAUUCUGCUUUGAGGUGCACCGGGCAGUCAAGUGUGGCUACUUCUACCUGGAGUUUGCAGACACUGGUAGCGUGAAGGAUUUUGGCAUUCAGCCAGUGGAAGACAAAGGAGCAUGCCGCCUCCCGCUUUGCUCCCUUCCUGGAGAUCCUGGGAAUGGGCCUCAGACGGAGCUGCAGCGUUCACCUCCAGAAUUCCAGUAGUCAACGACAUGAGAGAGGGCGACAGUGACCAGGACAAUAAUAGAGACUGGUCCCGUGGCUUGGAGAAAUAAGCUAAGUUGGAGAGAAAAAUUUAAAAAAAAAAAAUAAUAAUAAAGGAAAAGCAAACAGAAGUCUCAUUUCCCCCUUAAAGAUCUUAGCAUUAAAAUACAUGAACAAGAAGACAAAAGCAAACAAACAAACCCAAAGAGGAGAAUUUAGGAAUCCGGGUCCAUUUGAAAGGGUACCCAGUGCCAGCUCUGAAUUCCUGGACAGAAGGUCCAGAGGCACCAUGCUGUAUUUUUGAGCUGUGUUAAUACGUGGAUGUACAAGAUCCCCUGAACUGCCCUCAGUACACAGGUGAGCAGCUGUGUACCCAGCCUAUAAAAUUCUUUUGUUUCUCAGAUUUUGCAUCUGCUUGAUGUUAAGGGCCUCCUGUGAAGUUUUGGAUGCUCUUGAUGGUCAGGACCUGGUCAGCUUCGGUGGACUGCUCCUCUGAUUUCUAAGCCUCCAAUUGGGCCUCUUUGAUACGAAUAGAAGUCAGGUAUGAGACUUAAAAUACUAAAAAUAUUAAUUCCCAUCUGAAUUUUGGGGGAAGCCCUUGUGCCCUUGUCUACAAGAAGUCCAGAACCACCUGUUUUCCGAAAGUCCAGCAUUUUGUGGGGACAAGGCCUUGCCUUUGACUCAUCAAAAGACCUGUCUUUCCAUCGGACUGUGUGGCAAAGGUUUGGCAAAGGACAAAGUGGUUUACAAACAGCUGAAGAUUUUGUUUUGAUGCUAUGAGGAUGAAGCAUACCUCUGCGGUUGCAUAUCAUCUCCACCUUGAAGACUCAUGUCUUGAAUUACAUACUUUGGACAUAAGUUUGGUGGGACGGCCUUUUCCUGCUUUUGAGUUGCCGGUGAUGUAACCAGCCCAUGGUUUCUGACUUGAUCAUUAUCACAGGUCACUGUCCUCCAGUGGUACCACUGAACUACAGAAGGUGUCAUGGCCUUGCAGGAGGGUGUUUGAAAAUUGAGCCCAGAGGGAACUUUUUCCAUCUGCCUUUAAUAAUGUGAAUGAGUGUAAUGCUAAGAGCCCUGAAACAGGCCUGGUUUACCUGGUGUGGUUGCAGUGGUGUGGUUGCAGAAUCCCUUCUUCAAUUGGGCAAUCAGACCUCUGCUAUGGUGAUUAAGACUGUUUCUACCUUCUCUGCCCUCACAGAUGGAAGUUCAUCAUUUGGUCCUCAGGACCUCCUUAGAGCAGGGGCUGUAUUUUUUGUGUUGGAAAGUUGGGGAUUUCCCUGACUUUAGAGGCAGGGUUAGAAGUAAACAGGAAGUGAGAGGCAUAUCAAACUUUUGUGUUUUAGUCCCUAAAUGGGAGUUUGUGGAGGGUGGGAGUCCUGAGGUGAGCAGGAAAGAAAGGUGCUGCUUUAUUUGAAAUGUUUUCUUACCUCAUUCUGUGCCCCAGUAAAGGGUCCAGCCUCAUCUGUCUGGCUUGGCCAUGUUCCUGUCACUGCUCCACUGCCUAUCUGGUGCAGCUCAUGAUUCCAGGUGCUGCUUGCCAUUCUAGGUUUUAUCUUGACCAAUUUCAGCUCAUCUUCCAGUGCUCCUCCUCUGAAGCCUACACAAGUUUCCUUUUCCCUUUUGUUUUGUUGUCGUUUUCUAACUUUAAAAUUUUUUUUGUUGGUUUUUGUUUUACCUGUUUUUUAUGGAAGCCUUCGAGCAGAAUCUCUCAUGGCUCCCUCUGUUUGGAUCAGAAUGGGAAAAUAACAAAAAAAAAAAAAAAAAAAAAUCUAAAUUUACAAGGCAGUGCCAUGUCUACGUGUUUCUCUUAAUAAGCCUGCCUUGCUAGUAUAUCUCCCUGCCUGUCAUGAGUUCAUUCUUCCCAUUGCUACUUGGAUACUGCCUCUUAGGACUUACUGCAGAACCAUGAAUGCUGGCAUACACAAGGAAGGAGUUGGUUCUGCUCCACUUUUCUAACCCUGUUGUGUAUCUUCCUUCUCCCAGGAGCUGUUUGAAUUGUGUGGACUAAUAUGGAUUACUGUUCUGAAGAGUUAAGGAAACUAUAGUGCUUGGGCCUUGAGACUCUCUGUUAUUGCCUUCUCAGAGUUUUACAGCUCAGGGUUGGGGCCUAGUUACAGUUUGGAUCCUUAGUCCAAGAAUUUUGAGAACUUGAAUAAAACCUUGGCAGGAGCUAAAAAUACUUUCAAAGGCAGUCUGAGAUUCCUGCUUAUGUAAAGUACUUGGGAAACUUGAAAGGGAGAAAGGCCAUGGCCCACACACUCUUGCCUUCAGAUAGGGAGUUCAAAUGUGACUUUAGUUUUCUUGCCUUUUCUGGUUAGAACAUAAAUAUGUGGGUGGUAGUUUGGGGUGAUGGUUUGCUCAUAUUACUUCCCUCUUUGUUGUUUUUAUUUUUUGUCUCCAACAUUUCCAUUAGGGCCGUAGCUCCCCACUCUGUAGAUAGGAGGUGGGCUCAGUCCAGCUAUUAUUGCCCUGAGGGAACAAACUACUUUUUUGGGAGCAAAUGUUCUCCACCAUAUAGUUGACAGUGGUUAGGAACUCUCCCCUUCCCCCACCCUUCCUGUAACAACAGAAUUCUAUCCUUUCUCUUCUAUUAAUUGUAUUGACCACCCUGUAAUCCUAUUAUGUAUCUGAGUGUAUGUAUAUGGGGGGAAGGGGUUCUUUAAAUUUUCUGUGGUUUGUGGUUUUUUCUUCCAUAAAUUAGUUCCCACCACCGCAUGCCCAGGGGCCACUACCUGGCAUUAUCGCAUGCUGGGAUCAUUGGGGGAGGGUAGUGUGAAAUUCACCACUGUCCUUUGUUUUGGAGAUUCUUAUUUUUUAAUAAGUAAUCUGUCCUAUACAAAUAGCUAAUUAACUCUUGUGUUCCCCCUGCCCAUAUGGCUGCUGGUGUAAAUAAAUUGCAUUUUCCCAUUGCUAAAUGAUAAUAAAAUUUAAA